AUGGAACUUGACGAGGCAUCCACAGCUGACGGCUAUUAUGAUCGAAUCAAAGCUAUUUGUGGACAAAUCAGGGUCAAAGUUUUCGAAGCACUUCAAAGGCUUAGACAGAAUAAUGCUCUAUAUCGUAAUGUUACAAUUAGUCAAUUAAUAAUCAGCAAAUUACCUGAAGAUGAUGUACCGGAGUGUUUAUGGGCAACCAUGGAAGUUUCUACUAAUGUAGAAGCAGCUGAAAAUGAAAGAGCAAGUUACCUUCCUGAUCUGUUGACCAAUGCAUCUGAAUUUAACAAUACAACAGCUAUACCUAUAAUCUCAAGUGCUGUGUUAGAUGUCAAUAGUACCAAAGUGUCGUCUGAUGAAGUUGCUGAACAUCUUUUAGAACGAAUCAAAGCACAAGUGCCAGAAAAAGCACACGGAAAAGACACCGAGCAAAACUCUAAACAAGACACUGUAUAUAUAAUUCCUCGUGGCAACAAACCGGCCAAUGAAUAUUCUAAUCCAAAUCUUUUAUUAGAAAUCUUUCCUACCCUAUUCCCAUAUGAAUGUGGUGGGCUUGAGGAUGGUUCUCGACCGAUUCAAAUCAAUUUUCAUGAAACCAACGACGGAACAAGUACGACAAGUGAUGAUAGAACAUUAAUUGAACAAAUUGAAUCGACAGCAAGUGAAGUUAUACCACCAUGUCUCCCGACACCAAAUCCUGCAUUGGAAGACUUCGAUCAAACGUUUCGCAAAGAUGCAGUUCAAUUGGUCGAAACCUGCAAUAUUCACAAACAUUCUGCAGCUUGCUAUAAAUAUUCUAAAGGCAAAAAUGAGAGUUCAAAAAUUUGUCGAAGACGCAUGCCACGUGCACUAGUGAAGUUUGAUUUUGACCGUACACGUUGUCCGGGCGAAAAUAAUUAUGGUAUCAUACACGACGUCCACAUAUUUGACGUAGCUCGCGAGCAUCAUACGACCACGAUUAAAGAGUGGAAACGUGAUAUUGAAGCCCGACGAGACGAAACAAGAAACUAUUUAAUUUCAGGUGAAGAUACUCUGGAAGUACGAGAUGAUGAAACACAGAUUGAAGUCGUAGGUGCUGAAAUUCCAACAAGCCCAAUUAAAACGAAAGCUACGAGAGUCCUACUUGUAACUGCAACCAAUUUGGUUUUAUUUCCCACAAAACAGAAUAUCGUCAAACAAUUUACACUAAAUACUCAGCAAAAAUAUGCUUUUAUGAUUAUAACUAGUCACUUAGAUGGCGAAAAUCAUGCUUAUACCGGUAUAUAA